AUCAUAAACUAAAUAAUAAAGUUAUAAUAUUUGAACUUCUAAAUAAUUUGCGAGGCAAACAGAUGUGCUGAUUUUCUUGCUGGAAUUGCACCUGGUGCUCGAGUUGGUGUCCAUGAAAUUUGUGUUUCCUUUCUGAUCUUCCAUGUUAUAGUUUUCAGCUUCCACUGUUUAUCAGAAAGCAUGUAAAAUAUCAAACGCAAACGACGCUCUUCAAGACUGCAGCUGCUUCAAAUCAAGUUCUUGAAUGUGCACUUGGCUUCUAAUUGAAGUGUUUAUCUCACAAAAUCCUCGGCCAAUUAGACAGUUGUGUACGUAGGAGAAUCUAUUCUUAUCCAUUUCACAAUUACUUUGUAAAAAAAGCGGCUGAGCAAGUGGGAAAUUUAUGUCGCCCAUCAACUGUCAGCAAACCAGGUAAAAGGAUUUGUUUUCCAUUUUUUGACGAGAAUUCAUGGAAAUUGAUUAAGGUUUCACCAAGAAAGCAAAAGAAGACCUUUUUAUGAUAUGGGGUUCACGGUUGAUGGUGAUAGAAAAUCCAAAAUCUAUUUGAAAUCUGUUUCCCUGCAUUUUCAUUUCUUAUUUGAUUCUGAUGAUUUAUAAAUGCGGUCACUUCCAUGGCCAAAUUGCCUCAAAUCUCUCAUUUUUGCUUGCAAAGACAAAAUAUCCAUCGCCCAAAUCCAUACUCUCAUGCUUACGACUGGUCUCUCCACCAACUCUAACUCUCUUGUCCGCCUUAUCGCGUCAUAUGGGCGCAUUGGCGAUAUCGUGUCCGCCCGCCACAUAUUCGAUAGAUUGACUCAAAGAGGCGUUGAUGCAUGGAAUUCUAUGAUAAUUGCAUAUUCUCGAAUUUGUCCGAGAGAAGUUUUAAAACUUUACUAUAAAAUGGUAGCGGAGGGAGUUAGACCUGAUAGCUCCACUUUCACUGUCACGCUAAAGGCCUGUUCAAGCUUGAUGGAGUUGGAAGUGGGAGAGGAAAUUUGGCAUCAGGCAAUGGAUUAUGGAUAUAGGCAUGAUGUGUUUGUUGCGUCAUCCGUUUUGAAUUUGUACGCUAAAAGCGAGAAAAUGGACGAAGCAAAAGUUGUGUUUGAUAAAAUGUUGAAAAAGGAUAUUGUGAGUUGGACUACUAUGAUAACUGGCUUUGUAAAAAGCAGGCGGGCAUUGGAUGCCAUUGAUAUUUAUAGGAAAAUGCAGAAGGUGGGUUUUGAAGGUGAUGCAGUUGCGAUAGUGGGGUUGAUUCAGGCUUGUGGUAGUCUUGGUGCUUCAAAAUUGGGUCUUUCUAUUCAUGGGUAUAUAGUUAGAAGAGAGAUGGCCAUGGAUAAUAUCCUCCUUGAAACUAGCCUUGUUGAUAUGUAUGCUAAGAAUGGGUUACUGGAGCAUGCUUCUCUUGUCUUCAAGGAGAUGCCGAAUAAGAAUGUUAUUUCUUGGGGAGCACUAAUUUCUGGUUUUGCUCAGAAUGGUUUUGCAGGGAAUGCACUUGUAUUGCUGGUUGAGAUGCAGAGUUUUGGGUUCAAACCGGAUUCCGUUUGUCUUAUCAGUGCGCUUUUGGCAUGUUCACAAUUGGGAUAUUUGAAAUGGGGAAAAUCUCUACAUGGAUACAUUGUUAGAAGGCUUCAUUUGGAGCAAGUUUCAGGCACAGCAUUGAUUGACAUGUAUUCAAAAUGUGGAGCACUUUCUUAUGCACGUACUUUAUUUGAUCAAAUAGAUUCUAGGGACUUGAUAUUGUGGAAUGCAAUGAUUGCUAGCUAUGGAACCCAUGGAGAUGGAACGGAAGCUCUCUUGCUAUUCCAACAGAUGAGAGAAACAAACUUAAGUCCAGAUCAUGCAACUUUUGCUUCUCUUAUAUCAGCUUGUAGCCACUCAGGACUAGUAGAAGAAGGUAAACAAUGGUUUCAUUUCAUGGUUAAUGAAUCCAAGAUCCAGCCAGAUGAGAAACAUUAUGCUUGUAUGGUUGAUCUUUUGAGCCGAGCAGGACAAGUGGAAGAAGCUUAUCAGCUAAUAGAAUCAAUGCACACUGAACCAGGGAUUGGCAUUUGGGUUGCUCUUUUGUCAGGUUGCUAUAAUUAUAAAAAAAUAUUGAUUGGAGAUAUGGCAGCAAAGAAGAUUCUUGAGUCAAAUCCAGAUGAUUUGGGAAUUUAUGUUUUGGUUUCAAACUUCUUUUCCACGGCAAAGAAAUGGGAGGAAGCAGCUGUUUUGAGGAAGAUCAUGAGAAACAAAGGAAUGAAGAAAGUGCCUGGUUAUAGUGCAGUGGAAGUGAAUGGGAAGCACCAAGUUUUUCUAAUGGAAGACAAGAACCACCAUCUAUUUGAAGACAUAGUGCAAAUAUUGGGUAUUCUGGACAAUGAGAUGAGAGCUAACAGAUGUGUCCCAGAUACUGAGUUGGAGUUUGAGGACAAAGGACAUUUUUUGUGUAAUCACUUUGCGAUCCUUGUUGCAGAAAACCCACAAUUUCAAUCACAUCAAUGGCUGCUUCAGAUGGAGCUUUGAUUUUCAAUCAUAAUUAGCACCGACAGGGUAUAGAAAACUUUGGAGAUUAUUAUAUCCUUGUUCUUGAAUGAUUCACAUCAAACAAGAAGACUCCCGUAGCAGGUUCUAGCAGAGUAUUGUUGCACUUGCACAUGUUGUCAAAAGGAUAUUUGACGCUGCUGUUAAUCUCUAGACCUGCCUCCCAUGGUACAGUGAUCUACCGAGGACUUUUGGAACUGGAAGACUCGGUCACAAUCAGAUGUUCAUUCAUUUGACCGGAGCAUUUAUCUGGCUGGACAAGCAACCAAAGGCCUGUGAAAAAAAAAAUGGUCGACGCAAAUGAAAAGGAAUUUGCUUCUGCAACUGAUAUAUAAUAUGGACCAGCUUUCUAUAUGAAAGAUGAGGCUCUGAUGUUUUUGUCCUGGAAUUAUCUUGCUCUCUGACACUGAUCAAGAGUCAAAUGCAUGUUACUAAAUGAUUCAAUCUUAAUGCACAAAAGGAAGCCCUUCAAGCUUUUUAUGAGAAAGAUAAGGGGAAAUCUCCACUAGUUUCUAAACUAAUGGAGGUAAAUAUCUAUUACGAAAUCGUUCAAAUACUGAAUAAUUUCUUUUGCUCAUGCACUACAAGUUAGGUACUAAACACAUUGUGAAGCUCUUGGACUUUUUCCCAAUACUGUAUUCAAACGUAAGAUAUUAUUGUUCAAUCGUGAAAUCUGAAAUUUGCAUUGUGGUA